GGUGAGGUGCGAUCUGGGGGGAGGAGGGGUUUGGAGGAGCGGAGCCGGAGGCGGCCGAAUUCGUACCCGUGUAGCCUCCAACGCACACUUCGGAUGGACUCGCUGGUUCAAAGCCCCGCUGUGGCGGGGGGCCCGAGCCGACGGCCGCACCGCGGACCCGAGGAGGAGGAGGCGGCUGUCCCCGUCCUCACCCUCACUCACUUUGCCCGGACUCCCUUCGUCUGCUUCAAGACGGUGAGGACAGGUUGCGCCAGGACCGAGCGCUUGGCCGUGGAAAACCCCGAGAGUGUGCCGGUCCUGGUGACGGUGGACAAGUUCCCCAGCUGCAAGGGGUUCGCGGUGAAUGAGCGGGAGUUCGUGGUGGAGCCAGCAGAAAGGUAUUAUCUUUCCAUAACUUGGACACCGGUGGAAGCUGGAGGAGUCCGAGAAACAGUGACAUUUAGUGUUGGUUGUGUGAAAGUCCUUUGCGUUCUUUUGGGCAAGGCAGAAGACCCACCCAAAAAAAAGCGAAGCCUAUGGGAAUCAAUUAAAGGCAAGAAAGUUUCAGAAAGUACUCUUCGGUUGAAACAAAAAAGGAAUGUUUCAAUUGGCAGCAAGACAAUCAUCAUAUCACAGAAGAAGGAUCUUAUGAAAAUGGGCCGACCUUUAAGUCCUCUUCAGCCAUGUGAAAAUCUUGGAUCAGUUGGCAAAAGAGUUCCUCCCCUUCACCCUGCGGACACUUUAGACUACGCUAACUAUGAGAUAAUGCGUCUAUCACCAAUAUUGCCUCCAUGCCAAAUAAAAGAACUUGAAAAUUAUACUCCACAAUCACUUAAGAAAUUUGCUUCCUUCUCUGUCUGUCAAGGUAAAGGAAUGUCAUUACAGAUAGAUGGGAGGCUAGAAUAUGAGGAGAAGACUGAUGAAUUGUGUGCAUCUGAGAUUGUGAAGUCUGGACUGAAUAAAACACCACAAACUUUUCUUUGCACUUCCGCUCCUCAUACUCCUGUGAACAAACGGCGGAUUUUAAGCCCCGAUUCUUUUGUAAAUGACAGUUAUGUCCCUGAUGAAGAUGUUGAACCAAUUGUUGAAUCAUCAGUGCUAUCACCAGAUCAAUUUCUGAAGGAUGCAAAGAUGUCUAUGAAUCAGCAUUGGUCAAGUCAAGAUAAGUAUGUUGAAGCUUCCUCCAUUGAAAAUUUGAAAUCUGGAAGUUCUUCACUGCAGGAAAGUAGUCCAGGAUUUGCAUCAAAGUUUGGAUCACCUGUUGUAAAUGUGGAAGAAUUGAAGCCAGCUAAGUCAAGAUUAACUUUUUUUGUAAAUUCUAAAACUUCUGAUCUCCCUCAGAAUUCACAGGCAAGUGGACAAGUACAUCAGUCCACUGCUCAAACUAAGAUGCUCCCUGUUUUCACUACUACAGACAUCAAAAAUAAAUCUGUGGGUCACCACGAGUUGGAUAAUAAAGUUAAACUUUCAAGCAAUCAUUUUGUUGAAGUUAACUCUCGUUUCCAAUCAAGGUCUGUUAUUGGUGUAGAGACUAAAGCUGAAAACAGAAACCCUAAACUUGCUAACAGGUCAUCCCUUCCAAGCAGAAAGAGAAAAAGUUCAGAAUAUUUGUCAAAUAAUGCAUGUGAAAAGGAUAUUGAUACCAAUAAAAGAAAGUCUAAGUGUGUUGAACAACCUAGUCUGAAGUCAAAUGUUCUGAAGAAGACUACUUCAAGAUGCUUGAAUGGAGGUGGUAAACGACUCCAGAAAAGAAAAUCUGUUUCUCAAGUCAAGUCUUCCACUGUUCUAGCCAACAGGGGUAAACUUAUGCCUGGAGUUGCACAAUCACAAUUAACUUUCAGAAAAUUGAUGAAGACUGUGAUUCCUAGACAUCCAUUGCCAUUUGCUGCAAAAAACAUGUUUUAUGAUGAACGAUGGAAAGAGAAGCAGGAAAGAGGAUUCACGUGGUGGUUAAAUUUUAUUCUUACUCCUGAUGACUUUACAGUGAACACAGAGUCCUCCAAAGUGAAUACUGCUACAUUGUUUAUGGGUUCUGAGACUCAGCACCACAAAAUUAGUGUUUCUUCAGCACCAACUAAAGAAGAAAUGUCACUGAGAGCAUAUACUGCAAAAUGUAGACUCAAUCGUCUCCGCCGUGCAGCCUGCAGGUUAUUUACAUCUGAAGGGAUGGUCAAAAUUAUACAGAAACUGGAAGCAACCAUUGAAGCAAAACAUCUCCUUGUGCGGAAAGAUCGAUGUCUCUGGAAAGACUUUGGACAUCGACAGAAGAUCCUCAAAUGGCUUUUGUCAUAUAAUCCUCUGUGGCUACGAAUUGGACUAGAGUGUGUUUUUGGUGAACUGGUUCCACUGGAAAGCAACAGCGAUGUUACUGGAUUGGCCAGAUUCAUUUUGAAUCGCCUGCUUUGGAACUCUGACAUAGCUGCAGCUUAUAGACAUCCAACUGUGCCACAUUUAUAUCGUGAUGAGCACCAAGAAGUUUUGGCACAAUUCACACUGAAGAAAUUCCUACUUCUGGUUUGGUUUCUUGACACUGCCAAACAAUCCAGAAUGAUAGAUCAUGAUCCAUGUCUUUUCUGCAAAGAUGCUGAGUUUAAGACAAGCAAAGACCUGUUACUUGCCUUCUCAAGAGACUUUCUCAGUGGUGAAGGAGACAUUUCCCGUCAUCUUGGUUUCUUGGGGUUGACGGUCAGUCAUUGUCAGACGCCCCUUCAUGAAUUUAAUUUUGCGGUCACCAACCUUGCUGUUGAUCUUCGAUGUGGUAUUCGUUUGGUGCGAGCAGUGGAGCUUCUUACUCAAAACUGGAAACUGUCAAAGCAGCUAAGGGUCCCAGCAAUUAGCCGCCUUCAAAAACUGCAUAAUGUGGAUGUUGCACUUAAUGCCCUUAAAACUCGAGUUGAUCUGAAAGAUGAACGGGGCAAUGAUAUAGAUCCUAGAGAUAUUGUAGAUGGACAUCGGGAAAAAACUUUGGCACUACUGUGGAGAAUCAUCUUUGCCUUUCAGGUGGAGAUUUUGCUAAAUGAAGAUCAGCUGCGAGAAGAAAUUGAAUUUCUGAAAAAAGCGUUGCAUACAUCACACAAACUCGCAGCUCUGCGUUCUCUGUCUGUUCCAUCCCACCCAGUGAAAGAUAAAGACCUCAACUGCAUGCCUGAAAAAUAUAGUCCACAGAUCACUUUGUUGAUGAAUUGGAUAAAUGCUGUAUGUGCAUAUUAUGGUGUGAAAGUUGAGAAUUUUACUGUUCCCUUUUCUGAUGGUAGAGUUUUAUGUUACCUUAUUCAUCAUUACCACCCUGGCCUUUUGGCUGUGGACAACAUCUGUCAGCGAACCACUCAGACAGUGGAAUGUGCACAACAUGGUACAGUGGCAAUUGAUACAUCAACCAGUGAGUCUGAUGAAAGUUCCAUUGAUGCCAUACCUACAAACUCAUUGCCUUCAGCCAGUAUCUAUGAAGAACUCUUGGAGAAUGAGAAGAAGAAUCUUAAUUUAGUGACAACUGCUGUUGCAGAACUUGGAGGCAUCCCAGCUAUGAUACGGCACGUGGACAUGUCAAACACCAUCCCAGAAGAGAAGGUUGUUAUCAUUUAUGUCUCAUUUCUUUGCGCACGUCUUCUUGAUCUACGAAAAGAAGCAAGAGCUGCCAGAAUCAUACAGGCUGCUUGGAGGAAAUACAAGCUAAACUGUGAGCUUCAGCUUUUACAGGAGAAAGAGCAAGCUGCAGGUGUCAUUCAAGCAGCAGUGCGUAGAUUUUUGCAUCGACAGCAGAUCAAGAAGAAAAACAAUGCUGCAAUUAUUAUACAAGCUAUUUGGCGUGGCUAUGUGGCAAGGCAGAAGACCAAAGCACUGUUGAUGAUUAAGAUGCAAGCAUUGCGGAAUGAAGCAGCAACACUUCUUCAGGCUUACUGGAGAGGAUAUAUUAUUAGAAAGCAUUUUCUGAGAGCACGGCAGUAUUGCAUUCUCAUGCAAAGUCGCAUCAGGAUGAAAAUUGCGGUCAUCUCUUACAGACGAAUUAAAUGGGCUACUGUUAUCAUUCAGAGGCAUUUCAGAGCACGUCUCCUGUGUCUAUCUGAGCAAAGGAAUUACUUAAAAUUGAAGGCUUCUGUUGUUAAAAUACAGUCUGCAUUUAGAAGGUGGCAAGCUCACAAAAUGGAAAAGCAGACAAAGGCAACAAUUGUACUACAGAAGUAUAUAAGGGGUUUUCUCUCCCGACGCAAAUAUAAGCGGUUUCGACACUCCAUAUCCUUGAUACAAGCACAUGCAAAAGGAUUUCUCAUAAGAACUGAUAUGCGCAGGAGGAAAAAUGCUGCUCUCACCCUAAAGAAGUACAUAAAGGCUUAUGUGAGAGCAAAGCAUGAAUAUGAUUCUUAUCGGAGACUCAAAUGGGCUACAGGAAUAAUUCAAACAGCUUACCGUCGCUUAAAAAUGAGAAAGCUUUAUCAUCUAACUAUGUCAGCUGUACUAAUCCAAUCAACUUUUAGAAUGUACAAGCAGCGAAAAAGAUUUGUCGCUGUCCGGAAAGCUGCUAUUUCCAUGCAAUCUUUAGUAAGAAUGCAUUUGGCUCAAACAAGGUUUCUACAAUGCCGGCAUGCUGCCAUUACCAUACAAAGGCACUUCAGGGCUAAACAGCAGGGGAAGAAUGACUUGAAGAACUACCUGAAACUUCGACAAGCAACUAUAAAACUACAAGUGUCUUUUCGGAAAAGGCAAGCACAAAAAGAGGUUAGGAAGAAUCGAGCUGCAGUUACAAUACAAUCUUGGUACCGAAUGCACAGAGGAAAACAAAAAUAUCUACAUGCAAAAAAAAGCUGCAUUAGAAUCCAAUCAUGGUAUAGAUGCUGCAUUGCUCAACAUGCUUUUCAUUCUAAGAAAACUGCAGCAUUAGCUAUCCAAAAAUAUUACAGAGCUUACAGGGAAAGUAAAGCUCAGCAUGAAAAGUAUGUAUUAAUGCUCAAAGCAGCAAUGAUUAUACAGGCUUACUUUCGUGGUAUGAACACUCGUCAGCUUGCCAGAAGAAUGAAAGCUGCACGAGUCAUUCAGUCAUAUUGGAAAAUGAGAAAAGAGAGAUUGAAGUUCUUGUAUUAUAGGCAAUGUAUUGUUACACUGCAAGCCCAUGUGAGAAGAUCAUAUGCUCAAAAAAGAUACCAUUCAGUGAAAAUAGCAACUUUUACAUUACAGGCCCACUUCAGAGCUAUUUUAGCUCAAAAGAAAGCACAAGCUGAGUAUAGGGCAGUAAGGGCUGCAGCUAUUGUCUUACAGUUUGCCUAUAGGCGGUUACAAAUGAGAAGACAAAUUUGCCUGUUGCAUUCAGUUGUGAAGAUCCAGUCUGCCUUUCGUGCAUAUGUUUCACGAAAGAAAUUCCUGCAAAUCAGAAGUGCAGCAGUCAAAAUUCAGGCCUUGGUAAAAAUGAUCCAAGUACGGAAAUAUUACAGAUCCCUUAAAAAAGCGACAACAUAUAUCCAGAGACAUUACCGGGCUAACAAGCUUUCUUUAGAAAAGCGAAAAGAAUAUCUGAGAAAAAAGGAAGCUUGUAUAUAUCUUCAGUCUGUUAUUAGACAGCACCGAGCUCAAAAGCAGUUGUAUUUGAGUCGACAAGCUGCAAUUAAAAUUCAAUCUACGUUCAGGAUGUACAGAGUAAGGAGUCAAUACCUUCGGAUUCAUCUUGCCGCAGUCAUAAUUCAAAGAGGAUUCCGUGCCUACCAGGAAGGAACUUGUCAAAGGCAGAACUUCCUAAAAACCAAAGGAGCAGUAAUAUGUUUGCAGGCAGCAUACAAAGGAUAUAGUGUACGCAAAAAGAUGAAGCUUCAAUAUAAAGCAGCCGGCAAAAUCCAAGCAGCCUUUAGAGGGCAUGCUUUAAGGAUCAAGUAUUUGGCAAUGAAAAAUGCCGCCAUUGCAAUCCAGAAUUGGUACAGGAGUUGCAAAGCUGGGCAACAGCAGCGACUUACGUACCUUGAUAUGAAGGCAUCAGUGAUUAUUCUUCAAGCAGCAUUCCGUGGAUUAUCUACAAGGAAAAAAAUAAAAGCACAACAUCAAGCUGCUGUGACCAUUCAAGCUGCUUUCCGGAGGUUCAGUGCACAGUACCAUUUCGCUGUGUUAAAAAGCGCUGUGAUGACUGUUCAAUCCCAUUUUAAAGCAAAGUUGUUGGGUAGGAAAGAACGUUAUGCAUAUCUGACAAUACGCCAAUCAGCAAUAACACUUCAAGCAGCUUAUAAAGGUAUGAUUGCAAGGAAAGAACUUAGAAGGAAACGGAAGGCUUGUAUUGUAAUACAAUCUUAUUUCAGAAUGCACAAAAUGUGUACAGAGUUUCAAACAAGGAGACAAGCAGCAUUGUUAAUACAAGAGCACUUCAGGGCUCAUAUACAAAGGAAAUAUCAACAUCAAAAAUAUCAAAAUAUGAAGGCUGCUGUAAUAGUUUUGCAAGCUGCAUUUCAUGCCAUGAAAACCAGAAAAAAGCUGAAAGAAAUGCACAAAGCUGCAACAAUUAUUCAAAGAGCAACUAAAUCCUUCCUGGCUAAGAAGCAUUACACCACACUUAAAGCUGCUUCAGUUGUACUGCAAAGGCAGUUUAGAGCAUUGCUCCUGACCAGAAAACAGCGAGAAAUCUAUCUGUCCAUUCGUAGUGCAACUAUAUCCAUCCAAGCUGCCUACAGGGGUAUGAAAGUACGGCAAGAGAUGCAGCACAAACACAAUGCAGCAACCGUGAUACAAGCAGCAUUUAGAAUGCACAGGGUAUACCUUCCGUACAGGGCAGUGAGACUGGCAGCUAUAAUAAUACAAAACCACUACAGAGCGCACCUUCAAAGGAAAACUGAUCGUGAUAAUUACGUGAAAAUUCGCAAGAGCGUUUUGCUGCUUCAGGCUGCCUACCGAGGAAUGAUCGAUCGAGGGCAUUUGAGGAACAUACACAAGUCUGCCAGAACCAUACAGUCAUAUUAUCGAAUGCACAAACAGCACCAAUAUUUCAAAAAACUGCGUUGGGCAGCAACCACUAUACAACAAAGAUACCAAGCUUGUCAAGUAAGAGAUGCCCACAUGAAACAGUAUAAUGCCAUGAAAAGAGCAACAGUUUGCAUUCAGGCUGCUUUCCGCGGAAUGAAAACCAGGCAACAAAUCCAAAGAAUUCACCUAGCUGCAACAGUUAUACAAAGAAGAUUCAGGGCCUAUAUUGAAAGGAAAAGAUACCUAUUGCUAAGAGCUGCCGCUUCUGUAAUCCAACAGAGGUACCGUGCACUUGUGCUUGCCAGAAGUCAAAAGCAAGCAUACAUUUUGAUCCGGAAUGCAACUCUAUCUAUACAAGCUGCCUACAGAGGAAUGAAGGCACGGCAAGAGAUCCGGCACAAACACAAGGCCGCAACUGUGAUACAAGCAGCAUUUAGAAUGCAUAGGGUAUACCUUCCGUACAGGGCAAUGAGACUGGCGGCUAUGAUAAUACAAAACCACUAUCGAGCACACCUUCAAAGGAAAACCGAUCGUGUUAAUUAUGUGACAAUCCGCAAGAGCGUUUUGCUGCUUCAGGCUGCCUACCGAGGAAUGAUUGUUCGAGGGCAUUUGAGGAACCUGCACAAGUCUGCCAGAAUCAUACAGACGUAUUAUCGAACGCACAAACAGCAACAGUGCUUCAAGAAAUUGCAAUGGGCAACAACUGCUAUACAGCGAAGAUAUAGAGCUUGUCAAAUAAGAGAUGCCCAUGUGAGACAGUACGAUACUCUAAGAAAAGCAGCAGUUUGUAUUCAGGCCUUCUACCGUGGGAAAAAAGCCCGAGAUUUGGCUCAUAAAAUGAAGGCAACUUACCGUAUUAAUUCAUUCUUGCUGAUGUGUAUUACCAGGAAACGUUUCUUGAUUCAGAAGGCAGCUAUUGUAACUCUGCAAGCUUCAUUCCGUGGUUAUCGAGUAAGGGUACGCUACAGAGCCAUGCGGCUGGCAACCAUUUUGAUCCAGAGAUGGUAUAGAGCCUGCAAAGUAGGACGUUCACAGUUUGUGCAAUAUCAGUCCAUGAGGUAUGCAGCCACUGCAAUUCAGGCUGCCUACAAAGGUAUGGUGGUGAGACGGUGGGUUAAGCAACAGCGAGCUGCUGCAAAAAUUCAGUCAUUACUCCGUAUGAUUCACUACAGGAGAGGCUUCCUCAAACUAAAAUGUGCAGCAAUUAUACUGCAGUCUCACUACCGUGCUUAUGAAGCAAGGAAACUAUACAGAAAAUAUGUAGAAGCAGCUGUUGUAUUGCAAGGACGAUACCGAUCCUACCUCUUAAUGAAGAAAGAGAGAAGUACUUAUUUAACAUUCCGUCAGACAAUCAUCAGCCUUCAAGCCAGAAUACGAAGCUUUAUUGUUCGAAGGAACUAUAAAAAACUUUAUCAGAGUAUCACUAAAAUUCAGGCUUGUUAUCGUGGAAAGAAACAGAGGCAAGUAUUCCUUCUCUACAAGGAAGCUGCAUGUGUGAUACAACAACACUACAGAGCUUAUUGUCAAAGAAAGGUUGAACAAGAAAAAUACUUGAAAAUGAAAUGUGCUGCUGUCAUAAUACAGACUUCAUUCCGUCGAUACCAAGUGAGACAACAAGUUAGAAGAACAACAGCUGCACAAAAAAUUCAGGCUUGGUUUAAGGGGCAAGUUAUACGUCAACAGUACAAGGCCAUUCUUGCUUCAGUUAUAUUCGUCCAAAGGCAUUUCAGAGCAAAACAAGAUAGAUCCAGGUUUCUAAAGAUCCAGGCUGCCACAAUUGUUAUUCAACGCAGAUGGAGAAUGGCUAUUGCAGCAAGGAAAUUGGAAGAUGCAAACCUUAGAAGAACCAUGGCAGCUAUCAAAAUCCAGGCCUUUUGGAAAGGAUUUAAUGUCAGAAAACAAAUGAUCAGGAAACAUGCAGCAGCUUCUCAAAUUCAACUUGCAUUUAGAGCUUGUACCCAAAGAAAGAAGUUCCUUCAACAAAGAAGAGCUGCAGUGGUGAUACAGAGGCAAUACCAAGCAUGGCACCUUGCAAAAGCUGAAAAUGUGAAAUACAAUAAAACUAGAAAGUCCAUAAUUCACUUGCAAUCUGUUUGUCGUGGAUGGUUGGUUCGCAAAAAGCUUGCUGAGAAAAAACAGGCAGAAAGAAAGCUUAGGUUUGCUGCUGCUGUCUAUCACAAUCUUUGUGCUAUUAAGAUUCAAAAAGCAUACAGAGCCCACAUGGCUCUUAAACGUGCAAAAGACAAGAUCAACUCGGUCAUUUAUAUCCAGAGAUGGUUCCGGACUUGUCUUCAGCGCAGCAGAUAUCUUAAUGAACGUGGAAAGAUCAUUGUAGCACAGCGAAUUGUAAAAGCUUGGCUGAUGCGACGACACAAAGCUGCUGUUGUCAUUCAGAAAUCUGUAAGGAAGUUUCUUUAUAAAAUCCGGAAUAAGAGAAUUCGCAGUGGAAUUAUCAGAAUGCAGGCUUUGUGGAAAGGAUAUUGGUUGCGUAAGAAAACCAGCAAUCCUCAAAUCAUUGCUAUCAGACAGCGCAUACAACAGGUCAAUGAGAACAGCUACGAGGAUCAGAAGUUGUGCAACAGAACGGCUAUAGCUGUAGAUUACAUUCUUAAAUAUAAACAUUUCUCCUACAUUCUUGCAGCUUUACAGCAUUUAGAAGUUGCAACUAGGCUAUCUGCUAUUUGUUGUGAAAAUCUUGCUCAAAGUGGAGCAACACCUGUAAUUUUCACUUUGAUCAGAAGUUGUAACCGCAGUGUGCCUUGUAUGGAUGUCAUUAAAAAUGCAGUUCAAGUUCUCCUCAAUCUUUCUAAGUAUGAAAAAACUGCUUCAGUGGUUUAUGAAGUGGACAAUUCCAUUGAUACUUUGCUCGACCUGUUGUACACAUACAGAGGGAAAGCUGGUGAUAAGACAUCUGACAAAUGUGGCAGCAUUUUUACAAAAGUGUGCUGUUUACUUGCAAUUCUGUCACAGGACUCAAAGAAGGCUUUAGAGGUCCGUAGCUUGCCCAAAGCAGAAGAUCGAAUCAGAAAUAUUUACAAACUGACGGUGAGAAAACAUAAAAUGGAUGCAGACAGAAUAAAUGUUAAGCAACGGAUGCAAGCUCCUCUCAAUGGUAGUUUGUAUAUUCCAGCCACUCCAAUGCGAACAAGGACAGUUUCUAAACUAAAACCAGACUGGGUCUUGAGGAGAGACAAUGUGAAAGAAGUUGUGGAUCCUUUAAAGGCAAUUCAGUUAAUAGUAGAUACACUUGGAAUUUCUCUUUAAAAUCUCAAAAAUAGGACAAACAUUGAUUUUUCUGAUGGGUAUGUUUAUAUAAAUGUGUAUGCAAAAAAAAUCUUGUAAACUUUUCCAAUUUGUAUUGCUUGUAUAUUUGCCAAAGUUGGAUAAAUACAGUUUGGUUACACAAGCGGUUUUCAUAUGCGAGUCACACAUCAUGGUGAAAUGUUAGCGUUCACCUUCAAUCUGAAAAUCAAUGAAUUGUUUCUAAGUUUAACAAAAUUUGUUAAUAUUUUUUGUACAGUGUGUUUUCAAAGCUUGUCUUUUAUUGCAUUUCAAGGAAAAGAAAUAAAUCUUUACAAU